AUGAUCACACUGGACAUUGACUCGCUCGCCCAGCGCAUCAUCGACGCUGCUACUUGCCACCCCGAAAGGCGAUACAUUGUUGCUAUCGGCGGCAUCCCAGGCUCGGGGAAGAGCACAGUCGCGUACCCUCUUGUGGACCGGAUUAACGCGCUUGCGGGUACCGAUGUCGCGAUGGGCCUCGGCACCGAUGGGUGGCAUUAUUCGCAGGCCCAACUGCGUGCGAUGAACGAUUCGGAGAUGCUAUUCAGGCGGCGGGGAGCACACUUUACAUUCGACGGGCUCGGGUACGAGUCCUUUGUGCGGACGCUGGAUGAGCCAGAGGUGCAGUUCCCAUCGUUCUCGCAUUGCGACAAGGACCCCGUUGCAGACGGCGGCUGGAUCCGGCCACAGCACAGGAUUGUGGUGAUUGAGGGCCUGCACUCUCUGCUGGACAAAGCACCGUGGUCGACCGCUGCACUGCGCUACGAUGAGAAGGUGUGGGUCGACACUCCUAUCGAAGUUGCACGCGACCGCAUCAUUAGGAGGCACCUCAACGAUGGUGUCGAGGCUACGCUUGAAGCUGCGACGCGGCGGGCUGAGGGAUCGGACCUCUUGAACGCUCGGACACUGCGGAAACACGUCCUCACCCCUACAGUGGUUGUGCAGGACACGGUUGCUCCUCCGCGGGCACACGUGCCCAUCGAGGCGUCAAAAGCGGUCGCGGCGUAG